CCAAUCUUUGGCUUCCGUGACAAGGUGAGGUGAGAUGUAAGAAUCCACUCCCCCAUGUUACAUACGACACAUAAAACAAAAAGAAAUGGCUAAGCCCAAGGCAAUCACAUAAAUUAAUUAACCUACACCAUUAGGCAUUAACCCUCCCCCUUUAUCUGCAUCUUCUUUUUAACCAUUUUAUCUAAUACUUUAUGUCCAAAACCCCACGCAUCCAGCCCAACAUUAGAUUCCCCCCCACCUUCUCCACAGCUUGGUUUUGUGAGAUGGCCCUUCAGGAUCUGCAGCACAGGGUUUCUCUUCUUUCUCGACAAAGCUGAGGAAACAGGUGUAGUGUGAUGGAAAGCGAGGCCCACUGAGUUAAAUAAUCUCAGAAUCACAUGCAAAUUUCUCAUUUGACAUCACUGUUGCAUUCAACUUGUACCGUAGCCGUUGGUCAGAGGCAGAGGCAGUGCCAUUCACUCAAUUAUAUUAGCUUCUGUCAUGGAUAAUUGAUGCUGGAGAAUCCAGGAAGGGGUGGCUCAGAGUUUUUGUCUUUGUGAACUGAUGAUCAUAACUUUCCAAGUAAAAGCUCUAUUAUGGUAUAGGCUUUAGAGGAGAAACGUUGUACAAGUGAGAUCUACUGUAAUUAAUAGCAUGGGUGUCGGUAUGGGUGAAGAAGAAGAAGCAUCGGUAUCAGGUAAUAUCAAGCUUUCUGAAGAGAACCACCCCAGCGGCGGCCUAACCAUCAAGACAACUGGUAAAGAUGCUUCAACUUUGGUUGCUAGGGAUCUGCAUUCUCCAAGCUUAAAAUCAUCAAUGGAGUCAUCUCCUUACAACUCUCCCUCCUUGGUGUCCCCACCAUCGUCCGCAUUCGUUUCAGCUUUGCAGUCACCAUAUAUAUCACCAAGAGCCACAAUCCUGAAAUCCCAAGACCAAGAGAACUCUAACCCUUGUCUUGUUUCGCAUCCAUCGCCACCAGUCUCAUCAUACAGAGGGGGUUCACAAUCUGAUGAUAUACCCAGUAGUUCCUACACUCCCCCGUCGGACCAGUAUGAAUACUCUGAUGACCCCACAGAUCCCAAGUUGAAGUUUGUAACUUGUGUUCCAGUCCCAGAUCCUGGUCCACGCAUCUCAUUCUCGUUUCCAGUGCCCCGAAUUUCCUUUGCAAAAGCUCCUGUUUCUCCGGCAUCUAAUGCCAAACUCAGGAGUUGUGACGUUUUCAUUGGCUUCCACGGUCAAAAUCCUAACUUGGCUCGCUUCUGCAAGUGGGUUAAGUCAGAGCUGGAGCUUCAGGGAAUUGCUUGCUUUGUUGCAGACAGGGCUAAGUAUUCGGAUAGUCAGAGCCAUGAGAUUGCGGACCGAAUCAUCUGCUCAGUCACAUAUGGAGUUGUGGUGGUCACUAGUUGUAGCUUUCUCAACCAUCUCAGCUUGGAGGAAAUUAGAUUCUUCACUCAAAAGAAGAACUUGAUUCCUGUCUUGUUUGACACGGGACCUGCUGAGAUCAUGGGACUUCUCAACUGCAAUUCAAUCGAUAAAGAAUGCAAAGAAGCAAUUGAAGGAGUAAUCAAGUGUCAUGAGUUCAAACUGGAAGCCAGUCAGGGUAACUGGAGAAGCUGUGUAGCUAAAGCUGCAGCAAUAUUGCGAGCAAAGCUUGGAAGGAAGAGUGUGGCAGAGCAAGACUUUGUUGCUGAGCUGCCCUUUCCCAGAAACAGGUUUUUUGUGGGAAGAGACAAGGAGAUUGUGGAGAUUGAGAGUGCCUUAUUUGGAGUUGCUGAGCAAGAUUAUUAUUGUUGCUCUAUGCCCAUUAUCAAAGGUGAAGCAAGCGGGCAAUCUGAAGGGCUUGCUGAUGAAGAAAGUGAUAAUAUUGUUUCUACCAGGGGGAGGUACAUUAAUUUGGAAUUGGGCAAGAGCAAAGAGCCUUCGUCUGAACCAGUUAUGGGAAGAAGUUCAACGAAAAGAUCCAAAUUCAACAAGUCAAAAAGUGACAACUACAAGAGCUUAGGCAGCAGUGUGAUCUGCAUAAAUGGCGUUGCUGGCAUUGGAAAGACCGAGCUUGCUCUUGAGUUUGCCUAUCGGUAUGCCCAGAGAUAUAAGAUGGUUCUUUGGGUUGGUGGAGAGGCCAGAUAUUUCAGGCAGAAUAUACUGACUUUGUCGGUCAAUUUGGGGUUGGAUGUGAGUGCCCAAGACGAGAAGGAAAGAGGCCGGAUUCGAAGCUUCGAGGAGCAGGAAUUUGAAGCAUUCAAGCGAGUGAAGAGGGAGCUGUUCCGGGACAUGCCUUAUCUGUUGAUCAUUGACAAUCUUGAGACAGAGCGAGAGUGGUGGGAAGGAAAAGACCUGCAUGACUUGAUUCCUAGGAACACUGGAGGGACUCAUGUGAUCAUCACAACUAGGCUACCAAAGGUGAUGACUUUUGACAUGAUGCAGCUUCCUCCAUUGCCUUUAUCCGAUGCUAUGAUUUUAGUACGAGGUAGAAAGAAAAAGGAUUAUUCGACCGAGGAGUUGGAGUACUUGAGAAAAUUUGAUGAGAAAUCGGGAAGAUUGAGCUUUGGUUUGUGGAUUAUUGGUUCACUACUUUCCGAGCUGCCCAUUUCUCCAUCUGCACUCUUUGAAGCUGUGAACCAAGUCUCUACCUCACUUGAAGAUGCCUCUACUUCACCCACUGAUGAGCAGUUCUUCAAACACAACCCUUUCCUGAUGAAAAUUCUAUGUUUUUGCUUCGCGGUCUUGCAUCAAGUUAAUGGGAGAAGGAACAAUAUUCUAGCCUCACGAAUGCUUCUUGUUGGAGCUUGGUUUGCCCCAUCAUCCAUACCUGCAAAUUUGCUAGCUACUGCAGCUAAGUAUAUGCCUGUUGCUGGAAACAGAUUCAGAAGGUGGACUAAGUGUCUAAGUCUUGCAUUGGGCUGCUGCGGCGGGUGUGGUUUCACUACUCAAAGUGACGAAGAUUGUGCCAAUCUCCUAGUAAAGCUAGGAUUGGCAAGACGAGCUAAUGGGCAGAAUGGAUGUUGGAUUCAGUUCCAUCCUAUAACUCAAGCAUUUGCAAAGAGAAAAGAAUGCUUAUCGACUGCUAAAGCUGCAGUCCUAGGCAUAAGAAAAACCGGGAACCCAUUGAUAAAUUCUGAUCAUCUAUGGGCCACUGCAUUUCUUGUAUUCGGGUUUAAGUCGGAACCUCCUAUCGUGCAGUUAAAAGCAAUAGAUAUGGUGAUGUAUAUCAAGAAGACGGCACUACCAUUGGCAAUCAGAGCCUUCACAACAUUCUCAAGAUGCAAUUCGGCAUUGGAGUUAUUGAAGGUGUGCACAAAUGUGUUAGAGGAAGUGGAGAAGUCAUUUGUAUCUCAAAUACAAGACUGGUGCCAGGGGUCGCUAUGUUGGAGAAACAAGUUACAAGGGAAGCAAAGGGUGGACGAGUACGUAUGGCAAGAUGUGACAUUGUUGAAGGCUACCUUGUUGGAAACCAGAGCCAAGCUGCUGUUAAGAGGUGGGCAUUUUGACGGUGGUGAAGAGCUGUGCAGAACUUGUAUCAGUAUUAGAACAGUCAUGCUGGGGCACAAUCAUGCACAAACAUUGGCUGCUCAAGAAACACUUGCAAACUUGGUGAGAAUGAGGAGCAAGAUAUGAUUUUUUUAUAUAUAGCCCAAGCCAUUCUCAAUGGGAUACAAGUUCAGUUUUGUUGACUGUGUAAAAUACGACUUUUUUUUUUUCACGUGGAUUGGAUUUGAUUGGAUGGGAUAGGAAAUUUCACUACUUUGUUUCACUUACUGCUUAUAUCAGUAUUUCGCAUAAGCUUAUGCAUGCUUAUCAUCGAAACGAAUUAGAAAUCUUUUACUAGGGUUCAAUCUAUUGUAAAUUUUGGAGAAGUCAAGAUGUAAUUUUACUUUUUAUUAAUUAAUAAUUUUAUAAUUUUUGGAUUAA